AUGCCCAUUUUCUCUGCAACUGCAACGUUCGGCUCCUUCACUUCCGUCUCCUUCCUCUCUGCUUCACAAUCUCAAUCGCACCCUUCUCCUUUCCUCAAUUUCCCCCAUAAGUUUAAUGUGAAGACACCUUGGCAAUGGCAGCACCCUCACUAUCACACUGAUAAAGUAAUCUAUGCCUCUGGAAAUACCCAAAUUGACCGAAAUCUUGAAAGUGGACUUCUUCAACGCCCAACUCCUCCAGACCCACAGGAUGACGCUCGUCAGGCUCGGAGGUCAUCAGAUUGGAAGGCUGCAAAAGCAUAUAAAGAUAGUGGACUCCUUUAUAACGGUAGGGUUGAAGGUUUUAAUUCUGGAGGCCUGCGUGUACGGUUUUAUUCCAUUCUGGGGUUUCUCCCAUUCCCAGAAUUGAGUCCAUUGCAUACUUGUAAAGAACCAGAGAAACCUAUCCAAGAAAUUGCAAAAGGCUUAAUUGGUUCAAUCAUAUCAGCAAAGGUAAUUCUAGCAGAUGAGGAUAACAAGAAAUUAAUAUUCUCUGAAAAGGAAGCUGUCUGGUCCAAAUUUUCAAAAGAUGUCAAUAUAGGGGACAUUUUUGAAGGAAGAGUUGGUUAUGUUGAGGACUAUGGUGCUUUUGUUCAUUUGCGCUUCCCUGACGGUCUUUAUCGCCUUACUGGACUAAUACACAUCUCAGAAGUGUCAUGGGAUCUAGUUCAAGAUGUCAGAGAUAUCUUAAAAGUAGGUGACCAAGUGAGGGCCAAGGUUGUCGGUAUUGAUUGGGUAAAAUCAAGGAUUACCCUAUCAAUUAAACAGCUAGAAGAAGAUCCACUUCUAGAAACCCUGGACAAAGUAAUACCUCAGGAUGGUUUAGCUGCUCUUGAUUCUAUGAGCGGGAGCGGUGGUGACAGUGAUAGUAUUGAACCUCUCCCGGGGCUUGAAACAAUACUUGAAGAGCUACUACAGGAAGAUGGUAUAAAUGAUGUAAGAAUCAGCCGUCAAGGGUUUGAAAAACGAGUGGUCUCGCAAGACUUACAACUUUGGCUUUCUAAUGCACCUCCCACGAACCAAAAAUUUACUCUCCUUGCUCGUGCUGGAAGACAGGUGCAGGAGAUACAUUUGACUACAUCUCUUGAUCAGGAAGGUAUCAAGAAGGCAUUACAACGAGUGUUGGAGCGUGUCCCCUAA